AAAGCCCCUCUCACCACAGGAAGUGCAUGCGCUGACCAUCGGGGGCAUAAAAGAGGCUGGUGGGGAGCAGCUCCUCAGUCUCCUGCAAGCUCCGCAAGACCCCAGCCAUGAGACUUCUCCUCCUGGCCCUGCUGGGCAUCUGCUGCCUCACCGCCUGCACCGUGGAAGGUGUGGGGAGCGAAGUCCCCGAGAGAAGCAUCUGUGUGAGCCUCACCACGCAGCGGCUGCCGGUCAACAGGAUCAGGACCUACACCAUCAAGGAGGGCUCCGUGAAGGCGGUGAUUUUUAUUACCAAACGUGGCCUGAAAGUUUGUGCUGAUCCACAAGCCAAGUGGGUGAAGUCAGCAGUGAAAAUUGUGGACAACAGGUCCAACACCAGGAGCGAGCUCCAGACCAGCCCCCCCCGAGCUCAGCAGCCCACCAGCACAGCAGGGAACCCCUCUCGGUAGAGGCCUCCGGUCAGCCGGCCAAGCUCCCACCGCAAGCUAACGGGACUAAUUAGCUUACACUCAUGGACUAAUUAGCUUAUACUCGCCUUGUAUGCAAGUGCAUGAAUAAAAUGAUUUUCUUAUGUUUUUAUUUUAAUGCCUUCUGUGUUCGUUUACCUUCUGUAAUUAAUAAAUAUUUAUUGU